AUGCAAGUUUACCUCAACGUUUAUCACAUUGCGAAACUUAGCAAAUACACUGCCACUGUUGGGAUGGGGAUUUAUCAUAGCACAAUUGAAAUAAACAGUAAUAUAUAAGCAGAUUUAGAAUAUUCCUUUGGAAAAGGAGAUGAAGAAGGAAGUGGAAUUUACACUAUUGUAGCAGGAACAUCAAAUGGAUUGGUGUUAUGUGAACGAAAGCUUCUCGGAAUUUGUGAUAAAACUAUGUAAUCCUUUAAAACAGCAUGUAAGUCUAAUUUUUUAUAUAUAAACUUUGCCUUUUAUUUAUCUCAAAAAAUAUAUGAAAUUGAAUGUAUUUUGGUAGAGUUGAAAAAAGAGUUUUUCAGCGAAAAUUACCAUCUGAUUCUUCGAAAUUGUAACCAUUUUGCUCAAGCCUUUGCGUAUUCUCUGCUGAAAACGCGAGUUCCAAGAUAUAUAAACAGGCUUUCAGACAUGACCCAUUGCUUGACUUGCAUUUUGCCUCCAAACAUAUGAAACAGAUUUCUCGAUGAAAAGCGGCCUUUGCUUGACAAUAAAUCCUCUUGCUAUAGCUAA